AUGUUCUCGCCACCCCGCCCUUCAAGCCGAGCAGAGUUCAGAGUCGCGAUCCUCUGCCCCCUCAAUCUUGAAGCAGAAGUCGUGAAACCGCUUUUCGAUAUGACCUACAGCGAAGUACAUCAUCCUGAGCUUUCCAGAAUUCGCGGCGACCCCAAUUCGUACACGCUCGGAAAAAUCGGCUUGUACAACGUAGUCUUGGUCUACAUGGCUAGUGCUGGAAAAGCGACCGCGUCCGCCGCAGCGGCUUAUAUGAAACGAAGCUACCCCGGAAUCCAGCUCGCAUUUCUAAUUGGAAUCUGCGGGGGCGUGCCAUUUAUUGACAAAUCGCUGGCAACCCGUGGUAAGACCGAUAUUCACCUUGGCGAUGUCAUUAUUAGCACAGGGGUCGUGCAAUAUGACCUCGGCAGGGCAUUGCCCCAAGGUUUCGUUCGCAAAGAUACGCUGGAAGCGAACCUCGGAAGGCCAAGCCCUGAGAUACGGUCAUUCGUGGCGAAAAUGAAGGCCUGGCACACCAGCCUUGGGGACCGACAGUCCCAUUAUCUGGCAAAAAUUCAACAACAUGUGCAAGCUCAGUGUCCUGGUGCUCAGAAUGACGUUGUUUAUUCCCAGAACUACGACCACAAAGAUCAAAAUUGCCAGUGUGACCUGGGUCUAGGAUUGGAUCAGACUGUGGUUGCUCGCCAGCGGAAGUCUGCUGUCACACCCUAUGUGCACUUCGGCUUGCUUGCGUCAGGAGACAGUGUGAUGAUGUCUGGCAAGGUACGCGAUGUUAUCGCAAAGGAACACGGCGUGAUAGGGUUCGAGAUGGAAGGGGCCGGUGUAUGGGAUAGUUUUCCUUGUAUCCUGGUGAAGGCAGUGAGUGACUAUUCUGAUAGCCACAAGAACAAGGAAUGGCAAUACUUCGCAGCGGCAAGUGCAGCAGCCUGCAUGCGAGCACUUCUUGAUGAGGCGCCGAUUUCGCUUGAAGGUUGA